AUGUCCUGGAUAAGGCGAAGACUACGGAUGUUGAAACGAAAACUUCAAGAUUUGACAGUCUGCUGUUCAUAUCAGAUCGAUUUUCUCCACCAAAAAGCUCACUCCGUCAAGGAGUUCCGACGUCAGUACGCCGUUCUGGAAGAGAUCGGACGUGGUGGUUUCGGCAUCGUUUACCGAGCUGUACGGUUAGCCGAUAAUUUGCCAGUAGCGGUAAAAUUUGUCGAACACAAACAUGUCAGGGAAUGGACUAUGACAUGCAAUCAACUGAUACCUUCCGAAGUCUGCCAUCUGGAAACGUGCAAAGACAUUCCAGGUGUUAUCCGGAUAAUAGAAUGGUUUGCAAACUCGAAAGGUUUUCUGAUUGUAAUGGAACGACCAGAAAAUUGCAUGGAUAUAUUUGAUUUGAUCUCUACAUACGGUAAACUUGACGAAGACACUGCGCGAGCGAUUUUCAUUCAAGUUGUGGAUUCUGUAUGUACGAUGUACGUUAAGCAUGGGCUCAUUCAUAGAGACAUCAAGGACGAAAACAUCAUAGUAAAUAUGACAACUGGCGAAGUGAAAUUGGUGGAUUUUGGAGCGACAGCUUCAGCAGAAAAAGCGAUGAAGAAGGAGUUUCAAGGUACACGAUCCUAUUGCCCACCGGAAUGGUUCCGACAAUUACAAUAUCUUCCACUGGAAGCGACAAGUUGGUCAUUGGGCGUCUUACUGUACAUACUCGUUACCGGACAACUUCCCUUUAAAAAUGAAAUUCAAAUCUGCCUGGGACGCGUAAAAUUCCCUUCAUAUCUUUCGAAAGAGUGCUGCCAACUGAUCAAGUCCUGCCUUACUACCGCUGCCGGUUCGCGUGCGACACUUACAGCUAUACGGCAACAUCCAUGGCUGAACAAAAAGAUCCAUAUUCAUCAGGAGACAUUCGAAGCAGUGCUAGAUAGAACACUAGGCAGAACCCAAGCACAGGAACGAUCUCCGCGUACACCAGCUGAGGAGGCACGUGGAGCAGUCGAAGAAGAACGUCAAAUCAACGACGUUAUCCUCAUAGAAACGUCUAGAAUAGAACGGAAGCCUUCGAACCCCGUGGAUCCAGAGGAUAGCGAAAGUGAAUGUAAAAUGUUGACGGCAAACGACGAAUCAGCUGCAUUAGUGCCCAGAACUCGGCUACAUUCGAAAUAUGACAAUAUCUCAUCGUCAUCGCUCGCCGAUUACCUCUCAACAAUGAGCGGUGCGGCUGCAUCUCCGGAAAAGAUCUCGAUGGUGUCAGAUACGUUUUCCAUAGCCACGACGGCCACAACAAAUGUUUACUUUUCAACGUACGAUAUCAGCGAAGAGGAGGAGGCUGACAGCUCGGUACCCGAAGUGAGACCACCGGUGAAGAGCGUUUCCGCAUACAACCUAUCUGCUCGGUCACGAAAGCGGUCAUUGAUUUUCAAAUCAUUCGAUCGUGAAUUAGACACAGUACUCGAAAAUACUACCCCAGAACACGUUCCUCGAGUAACGACGACACCGACCGAGUCCGAGGAUCAGACAGUGUCUGAAGACUCGCCGAGUCUCUCCGACAUCCUGCACUUCUCAAGACAUCGACCACUUCACGUCAUAACCGACAUGUCAUCGUUGGCAAUAUUUCAAAAUACACCUCAACAUUCGCUAACUACUGUAGUGUAG